UUAAUCGAUGUCCAGGACAGUCCAGAACAGUUGCACAACAAGAGAGCUGAAAUAACUAAAAUUUCUAAUAAAAAAAAAUGGCAGAGGCUAAUAACAAUAACGGCAACCAGCGCACGGCUCGCGAAGUGCAGCAAGAAUUUGCUGACAAGCUCGGUUACGCGGAGCAAAUAAUAUGGGACUUGCUGUCGGAGGAGCAAGCUCAUUUGCUGGAGGACAAGCUUAAUCAAUUAAUACGCGAUCCUCAGCCUCCUUCCAAUAACGAGUUGAGAGAACGAGCGGUAACUCCGGAACUUCUUAUCAAGGAAGAGAAGGCACGAACCAAGCUAACCAAUGACAACAGAAAAGCUCGGGACGCAAUUUUUAAAGCAGUAUGGGAGCAACGAAAGUACACAAACCGGCAAUCGCUGACGGCCAUUAUCUAUGUGAUGGUCGUUGCCGACGAAAAGGACGUCAAUCGUGCUGAGGACUGUACUAAGUUCUCUUGUCAUCCUGUAUUCCGGGCCCGCCGUUGCAUAACUGACAGUAGUGGACGAAGCAGUGACAGUUCCGACUGCUGCAAUAUUUUUGUGGAUGAGAACGGACGCGUGUACCAGAACUGGGACCAGUAUGUGGCCACUAAUGAGUUGCCCGCAGGCAUAAUGGUGGCACCUGAACGGGGAAUCUACCGGCUCGUAAAUGAUCAUGUGCGGUUGGACAAGUAUGUGACUCCGGCGGGUAGCGACAGUAGGAAAGUACUUGGCUUCCUGGACGUGGGCUCGGCAGUUGGAGGAUUUGCAGCUGCCGGUGUUUCGAUCGCAGCAUUAUGUACUCUACCAGUGUCCGGUCCGUUGUUGGCAGGUGCCGGUGUUGUGGGCUUGGCCAGUGCCGGGUAUGGUACGGCCCGAUCUGCUGGAAAGCUGGUGGAUCGCAGCCAGCAUGAACAGUCGAUUAACGUAACCGACCGUGAGGCGCGAAGCCACUGGCUGGGCACUAUUGCCGGAGUUAUAGGAUUGGGAGCUGCCGGCGCCACACAAGCCGUUACUGUGGCCACUAAUGCUGGACGUGAAGUGGGGGCGAUAACCCAGCUGACGGUGAAUGGCAUGAACAUUACCUCUAUUGCCAUUUCCGGGACUGGCUUGGCCAAUGGAAUUCUUGAUAUGAUAUUGAAAGUCCAGGAUGGGGAUGACAUCACCGCUAUUGAUGUGCUGCAGCUGUCUGCAUCCCUUGUGCUGUUCACUCACAGUGUCUACAACUUCAAGCUGGCCUCGACCAUCAUUAAUGAUACGGCCAAUAAGACCUUGACAGGCUAUAGGGAAACCCUGAGCAAUCGCCAAAGGCGCUCGUUCGACAAGGCCUAUAAAGAAACCAUUCGUAUAAGUGGCAAUAGGGCCAAGCUGGACAUUAUACGCAACGUAAACGAGAUUCCAUCGAAGCAGCAGUUCAAUGAUCUGUACAAGAUCAAUAAACAGCUCAACAAGGAGGGAGUGCGAUACUCUUUCGGAUCCGAUGGCAAGACCAUCCUAUUGAAUGGAGAAGUUCAAACGACAACUGCGGAUCUGCGUGCCAGUGUGCAGCACAACCAAGGACCUAACAUUUUGAAAUCAGUGACCCAGCCUAUUCCCGCAAGUCAUUCGAAUUCAGUUAACGUUGGAUCGACUGGUGGCUCGCGUAUUUUGGGCCCCCAACCCGGUUACCAGUCGCGUCAGGAACCGAAAAAUUACGCCGUAGGAGUGUUUGCAUUGGAACUUAGCUCCGUGGUCAUUGGAGGAAUUGUGUUUACGCUGGAAAAUUAUGGACGUGUCAUCUUUGAGCACAUAGCCAGUGCCGAGGCCUUUGAAAACAUAAUUGAAGGCAUGUGCAAGAAUUUGCCACCAGAAAUCUUUGACUUUAUUAUGAAACUAACGCGCACCUUCAUAGACACCAUGCUAGAUGACCUGACCACGGUCCUCAAGUUCUUUAUAACCACGGAAUCGGUGCUGUACCGCAUGUUGAUGUAUGUGCUGCACAACUUUAGAGACUUGCCUCUUGAAGUCCUAGAACAGCACACUGGGGACAUUUUAAAUGCGUUGAAGCGCUACUACUUGUCCCUCAAUCCGAACAACUACACUGGUCUGCUUCAGAAGUGCAAGGUCUGCAAGGGUUACUUUCAAAUCAGUCCAUUGUAAUUUUAACUUAACGAUGCAUUUAGAAUGAUACAAAGUGCCUUAUUAGGAGACUCAAAAGCAAAAUGAUUACAAAUUUUACUAAAUAUACACAAGAGCAAGCAUUGACACAAAUUAUUGUGAUAUAAAAAAUA